AGAAUCUUGGGGACCCAGCCAUACUGCGUGCCAUCCAAAACGCCCAAGUACCAUGGCAGAGAGGCCUGCACAGUUCCUCUGGUGCCCUGGGGAUGUCACAAGCCUCCCUGAAUUUCCUGUGGCAGCCUGGGUUUCCAAGAACCAGCUCUCCAGCCCGUCACUUUGGACCUCAACAGCCUUCGCCAGAUUCUUUUCUGUUCUACGGACCACAGACCCCAUGGCCCCCUAAACUCAGCCUUCCCAGUCAUCUGACCCAGCUCCACCCUCAGCACCAUCAGAGCCUACUGCAGCAGCGGAGACAAAAAGCUCAAAAAGCGAGUCUCCUAGCCCAGAAGCCCUGGUCUCAGAAGCCAGACCCAUAUGCUAACCUCAUGACCCGGAAAGAGAAGGACUGGGUGAUAAAACUGCAGAUGGUUCAGCUGCAGAGUGAGAAGCCCUGCCUGGAUGACUAUUAUUACCAGGAGUACUAUCAGAAGCUAGAGAAGAGGCAGGCAGACAGAGAGCUGCUUGGACAGAGGAACAGGGCCGAGUCUUCCAAGCUGGUCCCCCCUUACAUCCAGAAGGCAGAAGUGUAUAAGCCAGUGGUACGAAUUGAGGGUUCCCUGGGCCAGGUAGCCGUGUCAACAUGUUUUAGCCCUCGGCGAGCUAUUGAUGCUGUAUCUCACGGAACUCAAGAGCAGGAUACAGGAGCUGCAAGCGGCCAGAGGCUUCGAGUGUUGUUCCAGAUUGAGAAGAUGUUCCUUCAGUUACUAAAGAUAGAGGAGAGCCAGAAGGAUGGCUUUGCCCACCACCACCACUUAGGGGAACAGAGCAACCAGGUUGAGAAGCUCUUCCAGGCCUUAAAGACCCAGGAGCAGAACAACCCCGAGGAGACAGCAGAUAACCUUCUGCAGGUGAUGUCUGUGAGGAAAGGGAAGAUUCUGGUGGCUCGGCUGCUCCCCUUCUUGCCCCGUGAUCAAGCUGUUAGCCUUCUCCUGUACAUCAUCUACCAUCUGCCCCUCCUGAUCCGAAGGGACGCGGCUGACCAGGUUCUCCACAUGCUGUUCAAACCUCUGGGGAAAUAUAUCCGGCACUUGACCUUCCAUCAGCUUCUCCACGGACUACAAGGUCUGCUGCUGCUGGCACCUGGCUCCUCAGAGCGGCCAGUCUCUGUGGUACUUCAGAAUCAGUUUGGGAUAUCUCUGCUUUAUGCCCUGCUGAGUCAUGGAGAGCAGCUGGUAUCCCUGGAAUCGUCCCUCCAAUCCAACAGCGACUGGGCAGCUUGGACAGACUUGGUGAUUCUGAUUGGCUGGGAGAUAGCUCAGCUGCCCCCAGCAUCCCUGGCAGAACCUCUGGCCUUCCCCAGAAACCUGCUCCUCCUGUUCUGCCACCACAUGGACAAACAAUUGGUUCAGCAGCUGGAAGCCAGAAUGGAGCUUGCCUGUAUCUACUGAUUGAUUACUUCUGGAACUUACAUGUGAGAAGCUGAAAUAUCUACAGUGAUACAGUUGAAGACAUUUCCUCUAUGUCAUUAUAUCGGAGGACCCUACCACAAACACUGUCAUAUCCUUUCUUAAAAUCUAAGUGAUUUGCCUAAACUUAAGGCAGGACUACUUUAGGUACAAUUAAAGAAAUAUCAAAUGUUAUGUUGAAACUUGUUUGUAAGUUUGGAAUUACAAUGAAGGCCAUUUUGUGGCUAUGUCAAGAAUAUCCUUCCUUAUAAGAGACAAGGCCUUGUGUUUAAUAAAAGUCUG